CGAGAGAGGCGGGCGUCCGCUCGCGGCCAGUACUGGGUCCCGGGCCAGGGCCAGGGUAUUGGCGGCACGCCAGGGCCGAGGGCCGGGACAGGCGCAGCCGCUCGCUGUCUCCCGCUCGCAGCAGCGGCGACGGCGGCAGGCGCCGGCGAGACCCGCGGGGAGAGGAGGAGCAGCUCCGCCGGUGGGACGCUCGGCCGGGCCCCGGCCCGCGCUCAACCGGCGCGAUGCUCUUCUCCCUCCGGGAGUUAGUGCAGUGGCUGGGCUUCGCCACCUUCGAGAUCUUCGUGCACCUGCUGGCCCUGAUGGUGUUCUCCGUGCUGCUGGCACUGCGUGUGGACGGCCUAGCCCCCGGCCUCUCCUGGUGGAACGUGUUUGUGCCCUUUUUCGCCGCCGAUGGGCUCAGCACCUACUUCACCACCAUCGUGUCCGUGCGCCUCUUCCAGGACGGAGAGAAGCGGUUGGCCGUGCUCCGCCUCUUCUGGGUCCUCACGGUUCUCAGCCUCAAGUUUGUCUUCGAGAUGUUACUGUGCCAGAAGCUGGUGGAACAGACUCGGGAGCUCUGGUUCGGCUUGAUCACGUCUCCAGUCUUCAUUCUCCUGCAGCUGCUCAUGAUCCGCGCCUGUCGGGUCAACUAGCCUCGCAGAAAGGCCGGAGAGAGAACUCCGGAUAGCUAGGAUGCUGGACCCCAAGCUGAGGUCCCACUUCCACCGCACCAAAGGAGAAGUCUGGGUCUGAAAGCAAAGUCAGCUCCUGCCCUGGCGAGUGCCCAAUUUUCUCUAUACCAAUCAUGUCUAAAAUUGUUCCCUCAGCAGGGCAAAAAAGAGCAGCCUUGAUCCUUAAAAUGUAUUUCUUGUUAUUUCAUGCUUUGAAUAGCUAAUCCUGAAUUGAGAUGCUGAGAAGGACCCAGGCCAGACAGUGCAGAGUUCCUCUGACAGUUGGAAACUGCAUAUAUGUAAAAUGCCCCGAUGGGCUCUGAGUAUUUUCAUGGAUCUUGGAAGAGUACUCCUUGUGCAAAGGCUGCAAAGCCGGACUCGGGGAUUUCCUCUGCCCAGCAGCGCUGACCUAAGAGCCCACUGCCCCAUCCAUCCAGACAAGACUUAGAUGCUUGAGCUCUAAGUGGUGUAAACGAGCUUGUGUCUCCUCCCCUGAGCCCCUGGGGAGGAUGGCCCUUUCUUCAUUCCAGCCCAGGCAGACAGAAGUAUGUUGAAUAAGCAUGAUUGGGACCCUAUAUUUGGAGAUCUGCCACCUGAGAGAACUUCGCUUAUAAAGCACUGCUUGGCUUCCUAUCCCAGUCGAUUGCAACUUUUCCACCACCUUGUGGCCAGCACUGUUAGCACACCUGAGACAGAUUUAGGCCUCCCUAAGGGACCAGAGAGAGGAACAGCUUUGAUGCUCACAGGCACUGAGACCUGCAAAUGGUCUUGGCCCACGUUUGUUGGGCUGGGGUCUUUAGUUUAAUGCCAGUCAGGUGCCAAAUGAGAACGUUUGCUGAGAUAAAAAUAAAAUAAGAAUGUUUUGCUGAGAUGUGCAGUGGUUGCCUGAGCUCUUGAGGGUGAAAUCAGAUGAAUGCUGAGAUGCUGCCCCCUGUGUCAUGUAGCUGGUUACAAACUGUGGGAGACCGGAAUGUACUAGAGCUUCAUUGGUGGAUGGGGGCAUUCCCUCGGAGAAGCCUGUCUUCCUGCCCGGGGAGCCAGGGUGAAGACAACAUAGGGUAGGCCUGUGUUGAGGCACUGCUGAAUAGUUUGUGUGACAUCAGAGCCUUGUCUUCCUGCCAGUGUGUGGUCUUUAUAGGCCUUGCUGUGGAGCAGGGGUCAACAAACUAUGGCCUGAGGCCUGUUUUUGUACUGCCCAUUAGCUGAGAGUGAUUUUUUACAUUUUCAAAGGCUUAUAAAAACAAAGAGCAUGUGACAGCAAGUGAAUGUGGCUUGCAGUUGGCACUCUUGGCCUUUUGGGUCAAAUCAUUCUUUGAUUGGGGUGGGGAGUGGUGCUGUUCUGAGCAUUGUAGAAUGUUUAGCAGCAUCCCUGGCCUCUACUCACUAGAUGCCAGGAGCACCCCUCACUUGUGACAAGCAGAAGUGUCUCCAUACAUUAAAAAGUCUGGGAGACAAAGCUGUCCCUGGUGAGAACUGCCUAAAAAUAAAAUAUUUACUGUCUGGCCCUUUA